UAUGCAAAGUUCAAAAUUACUUCUUGUUUACAAACCGUUUUCGACGGGUUGCAUUGUCAUACAUAAACGUACCUUACUGAGUUUUAUCCCACGUGCCAAUAGGAAAAACAGUAAUAAACAAAUAGAAAAAUUAUUAGAUCUUGCUCUCUGCGAAUAUCGUUUUACUCCUUCUUUCAAACAUGAUUUCAAAAAACAUUUCUUGGAGGGUUUUAGAAGUAAAGAGGGGAGCAUGAAAUCGAGUUCAUCUACAAUGUCAGCCUUAAAUUUGCUAUGCUCUGUAAUGUUCGGCGGAGCAGUUAUAACUUUAGCAUAUGCACUCAGAUCUAGUGUAGAGAUCAAAUAUGAAAACAUUGGACUGGGAACGCAGAGCAAAUUGAUACAUCGCAAAGAAAUUCCCAACGUCAAAUUCUCUGACGUGAAAGGCUGUGAUGAAGUAAAAAUUGAACUGGAAGAGUAUGUUUCAUAUUUAAAAGACCCGGCCAGAAUUGCUCGUCUUGGCGGAAGGAUGCCCAAGGGACUGCUGAUGGUGGGAGCACCGGGUGUUGGAAAGACCCUGUUGGCCAAGGCACUGGCGGGAGAGUCCAGUGUCCCUUUCUACUAUGCAAACGCCUCCGAGUUUGAUGGCCAGGCUAUUGGGUCAGGAGCGAAAGCUAUUCGCAGUUUGUAUGACGAAGCUAGAAAGAACACUCCAUGUGUCGUGUUCUUGGACGAAUUGGAUUCGAUUGGGCCUAUGCGGUUGAUUGAUUCGAUGUCUGGAGGAGCUUACACGUCACGUGACACUGUCGAUCAGCUGCUGGCUGCCCUGGAUGGCUUCAACUCAAACGACGGAGUGUUAACCAUCGGAGCAACUAACUUCCCCCAGAGACUGGACUCGGCACUCACUCGGCCCGGAAGAUUCGACUCAAAGGUCACAGUCGGAUUCCCCGACAAAAAAGGUCGAUCUGAAAUCCUGAAGUUCUACUUGUCCAAGGUGAAGAUGGGCGAGAGCAUUGACCUGAAGUUUCUGGCUCGCAAGACUAUCGGGUUCAACGGUGCAGAUAUUGCCAACAUGGUGAACCAGGCAGCACUUGCAGCCGCCAGACAGGGAAAGAAAUCGGUCUUUCUGGCCGACUUGGAGGAGGCUAUGGACAGGGCGAGGAGGGGAAAGGAGCAGAAGACGAAGAAGUACACGACAUUCAACCUGAAAACCAUCUCCAUCAAUCAAGCUGGCUUUGCAUUGGUGGGAUUGUUAUUGGGCAGAGACGUGCAGCGGUGUACGGUGCUUCCGGUGGGAAGUGUCCAAGGUCAAACUUCACUGGUGCCCCUGGAGCACGAGCACAGUGUAUCUAUGGCCGAACUGAAGGACAUAAUCAUGUUCAAGCUGGCGGGUCGUGCCGCGGAACAGUUGAUGGACGGAGGCGUGAACGAUAUGACAACUUAUUCAAUUAAUAACUUAAAGGAAGCACACAAGAGAGCAAAGGAGUUAAUUGUUAACUACGGACUGAGUGAAAAGAUCGGAAUUAUCAGCGGGGUUAAAAGAGUGAGUCACGAGACUAUGGAUUUGAUUGACGAGGAGACAGAGCGAGUAGUGACUGAGAUCUACAGCGAAUGUCUCGCUGUUCUACGACAGCACAAAGCGGAACUGGAGAAACUGCAGUUACACCUGGCCAAGAAGGAGUCCUUGAGUGGAAAGGAAAUCGAAGAAUUGCUGGGACUGAAACUUAAAAAAUCUGCUAAAUUUCAACCAGUGGUUCCGGCAACCAUUCCCUAAGUUAUGUAAUAAUAAAUAAAUUUUAGUUUAAAAAUAAGGUUAUUUUGAUCUAAAGGCUUGAGAAUUUAAAAUUCAACGAGA